AUGGCCCGGCAGGUCCGCAACCCGGCCACGCAGUCGCUUCGCAGCGCCCUGAGGAGCAAGGCGGCCGUGUUUAUGGGAGAGGACACGUGCCGCUUCAGGAUGGCCAGCGGCGGGGGGCGAGGCGCGGCGCAGGAGACGUUCAUCGCCGUCAGGAGCGACCGACUCGUGCGCAACCUGGGCCAGGUUGCCACCCUUGGCAUGGGCGGCCUCUUUAGGCAGCCGCUCCAGCAGUUCCGGCUGGUGGGCGUGGACGCCGAGACGCUGGAUGCCCUGCGCAGGGUGUGCGCAGGGCGGGGCGCGACCUUCAACAUGGUCAUGGUGUUCCUGGAGCUGAGGGGGUACGCGCAGUACAUGGAGGCGACUGGCAGGAAGCUGGGCUGGAGGAGCACCGUGGCGUUCAUGAGGCGGGAGGGGGCCGGCCCGGCGGGGCGGGAGCCCCUGCAGACGGGCCUUCGCGCCGGGGAGGUUGCCAUUUAA